AUCACCACCGUACCGUUUUAUGGGUCACUUGUUUAUCGUUGUAGAUCUAUGUAAUACCAAAAAGGAGAAACUGCAGUUUUUAGCGUUAUUAGUGUGUGGUAUUUGAAGUUGCGGUUAGUACGUGAAAUUCUUUGGUAGAAUCUUCGCAAGUGAUUGUCUAUACUGGCCCUGUCCCUGUCAUCACUGACCGCGUAGCUGGAGGCUUUCAGUAUCAUGCUUGCAUCUCAGCAGUUUUGUGUGAAGUGGAAUAGUUAUACCACUAACUUGCAAAAUGUGUUCCCACGACUUCUUUCCUCGGAACACUUUGUCGACCUCACUCUUGCGUGUGAAGGUCGAAUGAUAAAGUGUCACAAAGUCGUGCUGUCAGCAUGCAGCACAUAUUUUGAAAAGAUGCUUGUGAACAAUCCGUGUCAACAUCCAAUCAUAUUCAUGAAGGACAUGAAACACUGGGAGGUGCAGGCACUUGUUGAUUUUAUGUACAAGGGGGAGGUGAAUGUGAGUCAGGAUGAAUUGAAUUCACUAUUGGAGGCAGCCGAAGCAUUGCAGAUACGGGGGCUGUGUGGGUCUGAUCAGUCAACUUCAACAGCAGCAGCUGUGCCUCGUUCCAAUCCUCCCCAGGAUUCUGGGUCUGUGUCAACUGCAACACCAAGUGACCGGGACUCACCACCAGCAAAGAGGCCUCGUAGGUCGGCGGAUGAGGAUGACAGUGGAGGAACUGGUCCAGUGCUAGACAGUGGACUGACAGAGAGAGAAAGGAGUAGCAAUGGUGCUGCUGUGUGUGAGAAGAAGGACAUAAAACAAGACAUAAAGCAAGAGCCAGACACGGACGAUAACUUUGCAGAAACAGAAGUUGAUGAUGAGAGACAAGAUGAUCAUUACGCCAAUCAUGAACCUCAGGAUGAUUCGGACAGCAAAGACCCUCCACCAUCUCCUCUGGAUGUACCUGGUCCAUCAGGGCAGUCCAUCAUUUCUUCUCACCAUGCGGUCAACAGUGAAAAAUCAACAACAGAUCUGGGUUCAGCACUAGCACUGCAGAAUGUGAUGUGUGUCCUGAAGCCACAGCAACAGGCUCAAAUGCAGCAAUCUAUGCCACAGUUUGCAGCCAUAUUGCCAGCACCCAGUGGGAACAGCAGUCUCAGCAACAGUGCUGACAGUAAGGAUAUUAGUCACAUUUCAGCUGCAUUACAGCAUUCUACUCCCACAGUGCGAGUUCGCCGUUCAGAAGAAGAACUGCAAAAGGCAGCGGAGUGUGUGCAGAAAGGGAUGACCUUCCAGAAUGUUUCAGACAUAUUUAAUAUUCCAAUCUCGACAAUACGUUUCUACAUGGCACGGCGAGGCAUACUUCCACAGAGACGGCGGGGCCGUGUUUCAAAUUCUGGAGCUACGCCAGUUGCCUCGGCACAUGCACAGCCACCUUCGUACAUGCUAUUGCACUACAAACUGCCUGAUAUGGGCCAAGGUCAACAGCAGUUGCCGGCUCCUGGCCAGGUCCAUAUUCAGCAGCAACAGCAACAACAACAGCAGCAGCAGCAACAGACAUCUGGAACUGUCACUGUGCCAACAACUGCCUCUGUUGGAUGGAAGACUUCAGAUAAUUGAACCAGAGCACUAUAUUGGUAUGGGCUGGUGAGUCUCACCUGACUUGUAGACAGCCUGACAGCAGACAUGCUAUGAUAUUUAGUUCCCUGUUCAUUUUCAGACUUCAUGCCAUUUGUGACUCGGACAUUGUGUUUUACCACUUAAAAACUGAGAUGUAAGUUCUAUUACAAGCAGCUGUUCACAUAAUUUCUACUUUUUAGAACCAUAUAAGUUAAAAGAAUGUAAUAUUUCUCGAGUUUUGUUUUUGAGUAUGAGAAGAUGUGUUUAAAAUUGAAGAACUGGAGCAUCAUUUUGAGUAGGUUAUACAUUUCGUGCUGUACCGUAAAUAGUAUCACAAGAGACAAAAACAUUGUAGGUUAGUGAAAGAAAUAUUUUAAUGCAGUUUGGAAGAAUUUUUGCUGGUAUAUUCCUGCAUUUUAAUGAACUUAACUGGAAGGGAGGGUAGAUAGGACAGAUUUUUUUUAAUUUUUUCCUCUCUAUGCUGUAUAAUGCUGUAAAUUGUGUUGCGCAUAGAAAAUAUAU